GUCAUUACAUUUCGUAAGGGCUUUGAAAACACUGGAACAAGGAGGGCCGAGAAAACCUCCGUUUCGAGCACUCAUUAAUGGAGAUGGUUAAAUGAUAACCUCUUCAAACUUCUGGCGCUUAGCUGUUCCUGAGGACAUUCCCUUUGGCAAGGGCCCAAAGGACACAUCUUCCUGGGUGACGUAGGUCACAUGCCACUUGGGUGGGAUGGACCAUAACAGAGAGUGAGUAUUUAAGCACGGAAGAUGCUCUCUGGGACGCCAGAGGUCUUCAAAGGAUCUCAGAAAGAGGCACACCUGGCUAACUGGAAGGAAAAGCAAUUGCUUUUCAAAAGCCGAGAUUGUCCUAACAAAGUUCUGUGCACAGGCUCAGCGCAGCCAUUCUUUCACCGGGACCUCAUUUGCAACACCUUUUAAGACCAGUCUGCCAUCCAUUUGCACUUGCCAGACAUCCUGCAGAGAAUAAGCCAUGCCGCCCCAGCAGCAGAACCAAGUGGACGUCACCCCGAAAGUCGUCCAGGGGGACCUGAAGAACCUGGCGCCUGGCGUGAGGGACUUCGUUGAAAGUAAUGCCAAGCUGUGCCAGCCUGAGGCCAUCCACAUCUGCGACGGCUCAGAGGAGGAGAACAAGAGGAUCUUGGAGCUGAUGGUAGAGCAAGGCAUGAUCCGGAAGCUUAGCAAAUACGAGAACUGCUGGUUGGCUUCCACGGACCCCAGGGACGUGGCUAGGAUUGAAAGCAAAACGGUCAUUGUCACCCAGGAGCAGAGGGACACCAUCCCUAUCCCCCAAAGUGGAGUGAGCCAGCUGGGGCGUUGGAUGUCGGAAGAAGAGUUUGAGAAAGCCUUCAGUGUCCGAUUCCCCGGCUGCAUGAAAGGGCGCACUAUGUACAUCAUCCCUUUCAGCAUGGGUCCACUUAAUUCUCCACUGUCCAAGUUUGGGAUCGAGCUGACAGAUUCCCCAUAUGUUGUAGCCAGCAUGAGAAUUAUGACCCGGAUGGGAACGUCUGUCUUGGAAGCUCUUGGAAAUGGGGAAUUUGUAAAAUGCCUCCAUUCUGUUGGAUGUCCUUUGCCGUUGAAAAAAUCUCUGGUGAAUAACUGGCCUUGUAACCCUGAUAUGACUCUGAUUGCUCACAUUCCUGAUCACAGAGAAAUCAUUUCCUUUGGAAGUGGUUAUGGAGGCAAUUCCCUACUGGGAAAAAAGUGCUUUGCUCUCAGGAUUGCCAGCAGGAUUGCCAAGGAGGAGGGAUGGCUUGCUGAACACAUGCUGAUCUUGGGUAUCACAAACCCAGAAGGUGAAAAGAAGUACUUCGCCGCCGCUUUCCCAAGUGCUUGUGGGAAAACCAACUUGGCCAUGAUGAAUCCGACUUUGCCAGGGUGGAAGGUCGAAUGUGUUGGGGAUGAUAUCGCUUGGAUGAAAUUCGACAAAGAAGGCAACUUAAGAGCGAUCAAUCCAGAAAAUGGCUUUUUUGGUGUUGCUCCUGGAACAUCAGAGAAAACAAACCCUAAUGCUAUGAAGACCAUCCUGAAGAACACCAUAUUCACCAAUGUAGGGGAAACUAGCGAUGGAGGCAUCUACUGGGAAGGUAUUGAUGAACACCUGGAACCAGGAGUGAAGGUGCUCUCGUGGAGGAACAAAGAGUGGACCACCAAGAGCGGAGAACCAUGUGCUCACCCCAAUUCUCGAUUCUGCACACCUGCCAGCCAGUGUCCCAUCAUGGAUUCUGCCUGGGAGGCUCCAGAAGGUGUUCCUAUCGAGGGUAUAAUCUUUGGAGGCCGGAGACCUGAAGGUGUUCCUCUGGUCUAUGAGGCCCUUAACUGGCAGCACGGAGUAUUCAUAGGUGCCACAAUUAGAUCAGAAGCAACAGCCGCAGCGGAACAUAAAGGCAAAAUCCUCAUGCACGACCCUUUCGCCAUGAGACCUUUCUUCGGCUACAACUUUGGCCGAUAUCUCUCCCACUGGCUCAGCAUGGCACACCGACCUGCCGCGAAACUGCCCAAGAUCUUCCACGUCAACUGGUUUCAGAAGGACAAGCAAGGCCGAUUCCUGUGGCCUGGUUUUGGUGAGAAUUCCCGAGUGCUGGAAUGGAUGUUCAAGCGGAUCCAGGGAGAGGGCUGUGCUCGGCUGACGGCCGUCGGCUACGUCCCGGAUGACACAGGGUUGAAUUUGAAAGGCUUGGAAGGUGUUGACGUCCGUGCCCUGUUCGACGUCUCCAAGGAAUUCUGGGAAAAGGAAGUGGGAGAAAUCAAGAAGUAUUUUGAAGAACAAGUGAAUGCUGACCUGCCUUAUGAGAUGGAAAGAGAGGUUAUCGCUCUGGAGCAGAGGAUAAAGCAGCUCUAACUUGGCUCUAACUACCUGAAGCCUUAAAAAAAUUAAAUAAACACUCUCUUUAUUGGUCAACAUAGGUGGCAACAUACAAAACAUUGCUUUAGUAGGCCCGGAGUUUUGGCCAGAAAUGGACACAUUACAGAAGCAAUUGAAGCAGUUAGUCAUUAACUGAGUCGGCCUCAUCGCUUGAAAAGUUUGCCUCCAUCGAUAAGUUCUGUCCUCACAAUGCAAGAAACCUGAGGUAGCUUCAGUUCUCAUAUAAUAUUACUAACAAUACUGGGAGUGGUCUCAUUCAGAGCAAGAGGAUCUAGAAACCAGACUGAUUCCUUCUUUUGCCUCUCGAGCAAAUUCAGAGCGGGGAGAAAUCAAGGCACAAUUCCUACUUUUAUUCCUUCUUCUUUGAUGAUUGAGUCUGUUGCUGGAAGAAAGAGCAUUGCACCAAAAUCAUGAACGCAAUUCAGGCACAGUUUGCACACGCAUUUGACUGUUCUCCGGGGGAUUGCUGGCAUAUCCUGGCAGCUGAAUGGGUGAAUUGUCCCAGACAGUGUUGGAGGCAGUGGGUAGUUGUAGAUCUAUGAGGAUCGUUCACUGUGCAAGUCAUAAGUUGACAUUCCAAGGGAGGAACAGGGAACUUAACUCUUUCCACACUGGUAGGUGGAAAAAAGAGUCAGGAUGGUGUAGUGCAAAAGAAUGGCAGACUCUGAUCUGGGGAGCUGGGUUUGUUUCCCCCGCCUCUCCACACGAAGCUUGCUGAGUGACCUUGGGCUAGCCACAGUACUUCCAAACUCUCUCAGCCACACACAAGGUGUCUGUUGUGGGGAAGGGAAGGUGAUUGUAAACCGCUUUGAGAAAAGCAGGAUAUAAAAACCAACUCUCCUUCGCUCCCCUUCUUUUUAUUCUGUCAUUUCUCAAUCCAAUUUUAUAUUGAUCAGACGUGGCUUUUUAUUUUGUAUUUUUAAAACAGAAGCCUGUUUUCCACUCUAGGCAACAGCACAUGCUGUGUGACUUGCCCUUGAGAUGCAGGAUAAAAAUGGCCUUAGUCACUUGACUCAUAUCUCAGCGUUCUAUGUAAGUCACAGGGCUUGUGCAUUUUUCACCUGUGCGCUCUAGCAAUUCAAGGUCUGCGUCUGUUGAUGUUUUUGCAGUGUUUCACAGGUCAGCUGGAUUGUCAUUGUCACUGGGGAACGAAGACAAGAAAAGUUAGUCACAGAGCACUGACUGUAAAGAUGUUUUUGAACUUCUUAGGACAUUUGGAAAAAUUGCUGCACCCGGGGCUGCCAACAGCCACCAUUGGCCCCUAUAUGACCCUGAUCCCCCCUCAAAUAGAAUAAAACAAAUCACCUUGCUUGCUGCUACCAUAACUUCAUAACAAUAAAAGAAUCAACCUGUU